AAACCCUCGCGCAUCCGGGAGCAUUGCGUUCAUUCACGACCACCUGCUCGAUCUGGAAACAUCAGCUGAUACAACUGUCUCAUUUAAAUCUUUACGUGUAUAGCUACAAUAGAAAUAAUAUUAUUAUUUUUCCUUUAAAUUAUUUUCUAAUUGACAAAAAAAUUAGAAUUAGUUUUCUUUAAAAAAUAAAAUAAAAAUCACGAGAAUGAAAUUUUUUUUGACACAAACUUACGAUUGCUUCGCGGUGAUUUCGAUUACCGCAUUUCUCAUCAUCUCUUUGAGUUCGGAGACUUCGGCGAAGCGUGGUUGCAAUGCAUUUGGUCAUUCAUGUUUUGGUGGUCAUGGCAAAAGAUCGGAUUUAAGUCAACAUGAAGUAUUGUCAAAUGAGAGAAAUAUUAUUAAUCGUGAAAUACCAGAAUAUGUCCACACAAAUGAGGGAAAUAUUGCAAUUGAAUCGUUGCAAAAAAAUCAAGAGCGUGCCGAACGACGCAUUUCGGAAAUUGAUAAAAAUCAAUUGGGCGACGAUCCAUUAUCCAUUAUUAUUCGACAAUGGUUAAUAGGACGUCAUCGUCCACUCGCUGAUGCUGGGUCUCCAUAUAAAUGAAUUAAGUUUUUUGAUUGUCUCGUCGAUAUCACGACGUGAAGGAACUCUAAAAAAAAUGUUAAAGUUACUAUAUCGUUUUUAUCCUAAAAACUGAGACUUCAAUUUUUUAUUUUUAAAGAAUUAAAAGAAUUUUAGUUAUUUAAGAAAUAGAAGAAUAGAUUUCUUUUCAUAAAAAAAGUAUUCAAUGCAUUUAUUAUUAAUUUAUUUAUUUACAAUUAUUUAUUUUAUUAAUAAUCACAUAUAAUUUUGUGAUAAAUCGAUAAAAUUUAAUUGAUUUUUAUAAAUUCAUAAUUUUAUUUAUUUAUUUAUUUAUUUAUUAUUUAUUUAUUUAAAUUCAAAAUUUUAGUUGCAAAAAAAAUUGUACAAAUUAUUUUUAAUCAUCUAGUCACUAUAAAUUAUUAAUAAACAUUUGUAAUUAAUUAUUUUUGAUUCCUAAUAAUAAUAAUAAUAAAUGUAUCCUUAUUUUUUCGCAGUCACGAAAAUGUAUAAAGUUAUAUAUAAAUGUCAAAAUAAAAUUUAAUCCCGCUUCCAUAUUACAAUCAAAUUCUACAUAAAAGUUACAAUAUAAUGUAUUUAAAUAUAAUAUUUAUAUUAUAUAUUAUAUAUCAGGAGAAAUUUAGGAUCAUCAAUGAUGG